GCAUUGUGGGACAGUGGCGGAGGUAGCCGUGCGUCGGAGGCCUUAAGGUGGACGGCCGGGCCGGGGAGAGCCAGCCGCUUCGGGUGACAGUGAAGCCGAGGGGACGGGCGUCGGCUCUCGGUGCAAUUCUGCACCCGUUGGGCUGCGGAGGCUUCUUUUGCCUGUCCCGCGGGUGCCGGCGGGGCUGUGCGUGUAACCCGCGGCGACUUCCCCCCCGUCGCCCCAGCUUCGGAGGCGCCUGCGCGGGCCUCGCGUCGGCCACGGAGCUCUGCGGUGGAACGAGCGCGCCUACUUUUUCGCGACGCCCCGAACUCGUCGACGCUCGGUGGUGAGGCAGGGGAUUCCCUGUGACUGGAGGGCGCUUGCGCGGGUUCGCGAGCUCCGGCCCGGGCGCCUGCGCGAGCCCACCGGCGCCGCCCCCGCCCCUCUUAGCCGGCCCCUCGACAGGGCCGGAGCCGCCGGCGGCGGGGCGGCGGGGGCGCCCCGAUGAGCCCCGAGUGCGAGGAGCCGCCGCCCCCCCGCGCAGGGCGCCAUGUUUUGGAAGUUUGAUCUGCACACAAGCUCUCACCUGGACACACUGCUGGAGAAGGAGGACCUGAGCCUACCUGAGCUGCUGGAUGAGGAGGACGUGCUACAGGAGUGCAAGGUUGUCAAUCGGAAGCUCCUAGACUUCCUGCUACAGCCAUCCCACCUGCAGGCCAUGGUGGCCUGGGUUACCCAGGAGCCCCCAGCCAGUGGUGAGGAACGGCUACGCUACAAGUACCCUAGUGUAGCCUGUGAAAUCCUGACCUCUGAUGUGCCCCAGAUCAACGAUGCCCUGGGUGCAGAUGAGUCCCUCCUGAACCGACUCUAUGGCUUCCUGCAGAGUGGUGACAGCCUCAACCCGCUGCUCGCUAGCUUUUUCAGCAAAGUCAUGGGCAUUCUCAUCAAUCGCAAGACAGACCAGCUUGUGUCCUUCCUGCGCAAGAAAGAUGACUUUGUGGACCUGUUGCUGCGGCACAUUGGCACCUCAGCCAUCAUGGAUCUCCUGUUGCGUCUGCUUACUUGUGUGGAGCGGCCUCAGCUUCGGCAGGAUGUCUUCAAUUGGCUCAACGAAGAGAAGAUUGUCCAGCGGCUAAUUGAGCAGAUUCACCCAUCAAAGGAUGACAAUCAACAUUCCAAUGCAUCUCAGUCCCUGUGUGACAUCAUCCGCCUAAGCCGCGAGCAGAUGAUCCAAGGCCAGGACAGCCCGGAGCCAGACCAGCUGUUGGCCACCUUGGAGAAGCAGGAGACCAUCGAGCAGCUCCUCAGUAACAUGUUUGAGGGAGAGCAGUGCCAGUCUGUCAUUGUCAGUGGGAUCCAGGUGUUGCUCACCCUCCUGGAACCUAGGAGGCCAAGGUCUGACUCUGUGACCAUGAACAACUUCUUUAGCAGUGUGGAUGGGCAGUUGGAGCUCCUGGCUCAGGGAGCCCUGGAUAAUGCACUGUCUAGUAUGGGUGCCUUGCAUGCCCUGCGUCCCCGGCUUGAUCGCUUCCAUCAGCUCCUGCUUGAGCCUCCCAAGCUGGAGCCUCUGCAGAUGACGUGGGGCAGUCUGGCACCACCACUGGGUAACACGAGGUUACAUGUGGUCAAGCUCCUGGCCAGUGCCCUGAGUACCAAUGCUGCUGCCUUGACACAGGAGCUUCUGGUGCUGGAUGUGCCCAACACCUUACUGGAUCUCUUCUUCCACUAUGUAUUCAACAACUUCCUGCAUGCUCAAGUGGAAGUGUGUGUGAGCGCAAUGCUGAGUUCCGGGCCCCCUCCAGACAGCAGCUCUGAGACACCUGUCCCAAACCCUAUCGUGAAACAUCUCCUUCAGCACUGCCGCCUGGUGGAGCGAAUUCUGGCAUCCUGGGAGGAGAACGACCGUGUGCAGUCUGGAGGGGGCCCAAGGAAAGGCUACAUGGGCCACCUGACUCGGGUGGCCAAUGCCGUGGUGCAGAAUGCAGAACAGGGGCCCAAUGCUGAACAACUAGGACAACUGCUAAAGGAGCUGCCAGAGGAGCAGCAGCAGCGAUGGGAAGCAUUUGUGUCAGGACCCCUGGCAGAGACCAACAAGAAGAACACCGUGGAUCUGGUAAACACUCACCACCUGCAUUCUUCCAGUGAUGAUGAGGAUGACCGCCUCAAGGAGUUCAACUUCCCUGAGGAGGCUGUAUUGCAGCAGGCCUUCAUGGACUUCCAGAUGCAACGCAUGACCUCAGCCUUCAUUGACCACUUUGGCUUUAAUGAUGAGGAAUUUGGGGAGCAGGAAGAAAGUGUGAAUGCACCAUUUGACAAGACUGCCAACAUUACCUUCUCCCUAAAUGCUGACGAUGAAAAUCCCAAUGCCAACCUGCUUGAGAUAUGCUACAAGGACCGGAUCCAGCAGUUUGAUGAUGAGGAAGAAGAGGAAGAGGAGGAGGGCCAUGGCUCAGCAGAGUCAGAUGGAGAAUAUGGUGCCUGGCAGGGCAGCCAGCCAUUGAGAGCGGCCCAGGCAAGCCAGCCCCCUGGUGUGCGGAGUGGAGGAAGCACAGACAGCGAGGAGGACGAGGAGGAUGAGGAGGACGAGGAUGAGGAUGAGGGGACUGACCAGGCAGCCUGUGGAAGAGCCAGCCCUUCCUCCUUCCCCAGCCCCAGCACUCAGCCUCCUGGCCCGAGUUGGACUGCUACCUUUGACACAGUGCCUAUGGAUGCCCCAACAGGUCCCCCAGUAUCCAAGGAGGCAGACACGUCCUCUGUCCAGAUCCGAUCCAGCCCUCCAGCCCUCGAGUCCCCACAGCUCAGGUCUCAGGACCCCACACACCCCUCAGCACCUCAGGAAGUCACAGAUAGCAGCAAAGUAGCAGAGCCCUUGGCCCCCUGCCAGGCCUUGGUUAGUGUUGCGGAUGUCCAGGCCACACUGCAUGGGAUGCGCUCUGCCCCCAGCUCCUUGGACAGUGCAACCAGAGACCCCUCUACCUCUGUCCCAGACUUCAAGGCCCACCAGUCUCCUCAGACCAUGGAGGGGAAAAAGAGCCCAGAACAUUUGGGGCUUCCCCAAAGCCAGAGUGCCCUUGAGAUGCCCAACGGCUCUACCCCAGGAGGGCCCAUUUCAUCUGGUUCCCAGUAGCUGCCUGGUGGCAGUGGUGGCCAAAUCUUCUGUCCUCCCUGUGGAAUCCCUCUGUGGGGCAGGAUGAGUCCUUUGGUGGCCCUCUACUCUAUUGUCCCACACCCUACAUUCUCUCCUCUGGACUCCCAAGGAGGCUGGUGCCAGGGAGAUGCCCUCACCCACCCCCAUUUGCACUGAGAAGAGAAACUAUGGAGUUUUGUCUCCAAGAAUAAAGAUAGAGAGUCUCAUAGAGAGAAAGGAGAGAGAGAGAAAGAGAGAGAGAGAGAGAGAAGUAUAUUAUAUAUUAUAUUAUAUAUAUAUAUACAUAUACAUAUAUAUGUUGAGGGAGGAGUAAGAAAGGAAGCCAGGACAAUAAGUGGGCCAGCAGCUCUGAAGCACACCCUCCCCGUCUGUCCCAAUAGGGGCUGGCGCUGGGGUUUGAGGCCACUGGUCUGUGCUCUGGUGCAGAUGCUCGCACCCAGCUUCACUCAGGACCACCUUGGGGUGUAACAGAGGGUGUCAUCCAGCCCCUGGCCCUGGUGAACAUCCCCAGAGGCCCAGAAUGGGGGUUGCUGGGUACCCCAUGCCCUGAGGGUUCCAGCACUGCUGCCAAGUGACCUUGUCCCAGCUCCCUCCCCCAGGCUGGUGUGAGUGUGCAAGUAUGUAUGCAGAGCUUGUGUUUCAUACUGCAAAUAUAAAUAAAGGAAGAUAGC